AUGGACACAGCAAACUCAGCGCAGUCACGAAGCCUCAGGUCAUGGAGGACACGGAUUAGGACUCUGGAUUGUAAAGACACGGAGAAGCUGACUUCAUCGCCUUCGCCCAUCUCAUUACCUCACUGGUCCGUGGACGCAGCAACAACCCUCGGAAGAUGGGCCAAAAUGGGUGGGAAAGGUCAAUCUUCUGCCUCACCCACCACACUGCGACAUAUAUACUUCAAGCCAAGACCCGAGCCACUCAGAGGAGAGUCUGUUCAGAUCGCCGGGCAGCCUCGGCUGGGCAGGUGCACAGAGGGGAUCACAGUGCAGGCGGAGGCCCACACUGGCCUUCCCGGCCUGGUUCUGGGAUGUCUUCAGUGA